AAAGCUGAUGUUUUUUUCAGAAUAUCACAACAGUAAUAAGUAUUAUACAGUAAUUAAUACGCGUGUUUAUUUUUAAGUAAAACUUAGAGGAAAAAAUAAGGAGAAAAUGGUUUUUGUUUUUUGUUUUAAAGAAGAUUUACGUUAACGUGUUAGGCCUUCUUAAUGUCGUCAUAUUAUAUUUAGGUAUAAAAGUGAACGAACUUUAACUAUACAUCUAUUUGGUCACAGAGUUAUAACAUCGCAGAAGAAUAUUAACGCCAGACAAAAAACUAUGUUGUCACAAAUUGUUUUAUACUUGGUAAUGUUGGCUUGCAGCCUACCUGAUGUAAACGCAAGAGAAACUAUGACAUUAACACCUAUUCCACGAACCCUCGUAAAAAGAUCAGUUUUGAGAAACGUGACUAGACACAAUGUUCUAUUCGGAGGCGAUAUCCUCAUUGAUGUCAGCAGCACCAGGGUGUUGGAUAAGCUGAAGGUUGGUUGUAAAAAAGUAGUUAUGAAGCGCUAUGUAGGCAGUAAAAACAGAGGGUGCAGAAGCAAAAAACCGAUCAAAGUUGCUAAAUGUGUUGGAUUUUGUUUGCCACCAUGGAAACUUGCUCAACCGUUCCAAAACUUUGACAGAGUAAUCAAGAAAAACCGGUACAAGUAUAGAUGUGUCCCUAAUCGAUAUAAAUACAAAAAAAUUAUGGUAUACUGUGCCGACGAUGGAACUGAAGUGAAAUAUCGAGCAAAAAUCAUAAAGAACUGUGUGUGUAAACUAUACACACCGCAGCAAAAUGAAGUACUGACACCUAAAGAGAAGUUCUUAGAAAAAAAGAAAUACAACAACCAGCAAGAACAAGCUGCUGAUAUAGGAAAAAGAAAUCGUUAAAAAGAUAAACCAUCAAGAAAAUAAUGGGUAAAAACCCAUAAUUAAGCAGUACCAGCAUGGUUAAACGAAAAAAAAAGCCCAACUACAGCUCACUUUAAGUAUAAGGUGGUUUUUGCUUAGUGUGUGUGUCACAGAACCUUUUUCGAGGUUAAAAAUACUAUCCAGAGGAACACUGCUGUUCCCCAGAACAUGUUUCAACGCACGAUGGCAUCGUACGAAACGUUGCGUAUCAUGACAUGCGUUUAUUUAUUUAUUUGUUCGCCUUUCUUUUUGUAUAGUAAGGCUAAAAUGAAGUAUUUGACUAACAUAUUUGACAAUCGUA